GUUUGUUCUUAGUAAAGAACCUUUCUGGUUUCAGAAGGCAAUGAUUUUUUUUUCUCGCCUUUAUAUUACCUCUUUAACACUGUUUUCUUUCAUUUAAUCUUUCGGUCAGGGCCAAGGAUACCAAAAGUUUUUUAGUACUAUUGCUACAGGAGAUUAUAGGAGGAUUUUAGCUUUUGAAUUCAAUCACAAAAGUUUUUUGAAGUGGUUUCCUGUCAGUUAAAAGAAUCCUAGGAUAGAAAUGGAAAGUGGGUUUUAUUCAGACAGGACAAGUGGUUCUUUGUUUGGGCUAGAGAAUGUAGAAGAGGAUGCACAGCUGAGAGCAGCAUCGUCUUUACCGUCUAUCCCUCAGCCAGAAACACCGAGGGAACCUAUGGAGUUUUUGUCUAGAUCAUGGAGUCUCUCUGCAUUAGAAAUUUCAAAAGCUCUUGCUCAGAAACAGAAACAGUUUGAAUUUGAUAAUAAUCCAAGCUCAUUUCCAGAUACCUUUGUUGCACCACAAAUUGCUGGGAAAGUCAUAAAUUCAAUUAAUUCUCGAAGAACUGGAUCAAUUGGAAAAUGGUUUAAUCACCACAAAGAGUUAGGUUCUAACACUGUGAAGAAGAAAGAUAAGAUGCGUGCAGAAAAUGCUCGGGUGCACUCUGCUGUUUCGGUUGCUGGACUAGCUGCAGGCUUGGCAGCAGUAACUGCAGCUGGAAACUCCAAUGGCAGCUCAAAAAUGAGCAUGGCACUGGCAUCCGCUACUGAACUUUUGGCAUCACAUUGCAUUGAAUUAGCUGAAAUAACCGGGGCUGAUCACGACCGUGUCUCUUCUGUUGUCAAAUCAGCAGUGGAUAUUCAAAGUGCUGGUGAUCUGAUGACACUCACAGCAGCAGCUGCAACAGCCUUGAGAGGAGAAGCAGCUUUGAAAGCAAGAUUGCCAAAAGAAGCAAAGAAAAAUGCAGCUAUAAGUCCUUAUGAGAGAAGCAUGGCAGAAACUAAUUGGCCUGCUGCUUUUCAUACUCAAACGAAGGAGCAGAAUCCUCCAUGUGCGGGCAAACUAUUGCAACACACUCGAAAAGGUGUGUUGAGAUGGAAACGGGUCUAUGUCUACAUCAACAAGAAAUCUCAGGUCAUGAUUAAGCUCAAAAGCAAGCACGUUGGAGGGGCAUUCUCCAAGAACAAUAAAUGUAUUGUUUAUGUAGUAUGUGAUGAGAUUUCCGCAUGGCCAUACAGAAAAGAAAGGGAAACUUCUGAAGAACUCUAUUUUGGUCUCAAGACUGGACAAGGUCUUCUAGAGUUCAAGUGUGAGAGCAAGAUUCAAAAGCAGAAAUGGGUUGAUGGGAUUCAAAAUCUUCUCCGUCAAGUCAGCUAUGCCGAAGCAGUUGAGCUUUCUCUCGAAUCUUUGAGUAUCAGCGACAGUAUAUAGAAAAUAGUAUAGUUGUGCAUGCAUACUGAAUUUGGUUUGUGACAUUAUGAAUUUCAUACAGAAAACUAUCUUUCAAUACGUGAGCCAUGCAACAAGUUUUUCCAAUGUAUACUGAUGAGGAUGCAGAGGAAGAAGUCCCUUUCUGAAGGGAAAAUAAAAGAAUCUUUGUACAAUUUUUUGAGAUCCUUCCACUAUAUUCAAUUCAUGCUCGCAAAAAGAAACAAUAACAUUGAUCAUGACGAAAUUAACAAAAGAAAAUCGAUAAUCUUAAAUGGGGUGAAAAAAAAGAAGCUUCCAUGUUUUCCUUUGGUAGGGGUGGAUAGCUUAGGAAAGAUAAACGACAAGACUGAAAUUGCCCAAGAGGAAGAUAGGUUGUGUGAGAAACAACAAAAAUAUAGCAUGCCACUCCCAUACUAUCACAAUCAUUGCACCCUAACUUAGAGCAAUGAUACACCUUGCUAGUUUGUAUUUUUUUUAUCGAAAGAAAAAUCUGCAAUUACAGUAAUGUCGUCCCUACUCGGAGCUCGCCCAACCACUUGGUUAGCUUGAUAUUUGAUAUGGCACACAAACCAGGCAAAGCUCAGCAAGAUUAACUGGAGGCAACAUUCAACUUUAUUUUCUUUUUUUUUUUUCAAAUAAAAUUCUCUAAAACAUAUAAGACAAU